ACAACAGUACAUGAAUGCAUUUCAUCAAUUGUACGACUCAAGGUUUGUUUAGAGGAUAUUCAGGAAAAUUAUUCUGAAAUUCUUAAUCCUGUUAUUUUGACAAUUCUCCGUAGUCGAGGCUUUUUUAGUGAUAUGCAAUAUCUUUCAGAGAUUUUACUUUCAAUUAAGGAUGCUAUUUUGUCAGUUAAAGCAAAUCGUUCUACACUUGCUGACUGUUAUAUUAAUUUGAUGAGAAUUGCUGUGGCAAUACAAAAUCUUCCUACUGAUGAAUAUAGAGGAUUUUGCAAUUAUUCAUACAAAGGUAUUGGAUUAAAAUUUGGUACAUUUCCUUUAAUUGCAAGUUAUGCUGGAAAGUUACGGCAACAAAUGGGCAAAUCUCAAGAAAGUUGUGAAGCUUUAAUUACACAACUGUAUAUAGAUCGAUUAGAAGGGUUGGCAAAAGUUUAUCAGUUCAAUUUAUCAAAUCCUAUAGAUCAACUUCGUUAUACUCAAAUUAUGGAAAUAACUCCUGAAAUAAUUCUGAUAUUGCAGAAACA